CUGAUGCAAGCCAAAAAGAAGAUGACUCAGAUUCUGGCAAAUGAAAGAAAAGGAAAAAACAAAAUUGUAAGCACAGUGAGAGAGCUUGAUGCUGCUGCAGUGUGGUUUGCUGGAGUGAGCUACCAGGAAAUCAUAAAAUGGCACCAUAAACCAGGAGGACAUACUGUUGUUGGGCACACAGCCAUCUGGGCAAAAUCCUGGAGAAAAAUGUCUUGUAGGCCAGGGGCUUUUUCUCCACCAUCUUUUCCAGUUUGUUUGGAACUCGCGAGAUGAGGAUUCUCAUCCUGGGGCUGGAUGGAGCAGGAAAAACAACCAUUCUCUACAGGUUACAAGUUGGAGAAGUUGUUACCACCAUUCCAACCAUUGGCUUCAAUGUUGAGACGGUGACCUACAAGAAUCUGAAAUUUCAAGUCUGGGACUUAGGAGGACAGACAAGCAUAAGGCCCUACUGGCGGUGUUACUAUUCAAACACAGAUGCUGUAAUUUAUGUAGUGGACAGCUGUGAUCGAGACAGAAUUGGCACUUCAAAAUCAGAGCUUGUUGCUAUGUUAGAGGAAGAAGAGCUGAAAAAAGCCAUUUUGGUGGUGUUUGCAAAUAAACAGGACAUGGAACAGGCCAUGACUCCCACAGAAAUGGCAAAUGCCCUUGGCUUACCAGCUUUGAAGGACAGAAAAUGGCAGAUAUUCAAAACCUCUGCAACUAAAGGCACAGGGCUUGAUGAAGCAAUGGAAUGGUUGGUGGAGGCCUUGAAGAGCAGGCAGUGAUACAAAACUGACCAUUGCAAGGAAGUGUCAGCUAUAGCCAGCAUCCUCCUUUCUGCAGUUAAGUAUUUUCAGCCACAGAUACUUGUAAAUAGGACAGAUUUGAAUUUGACUUCUGUAAUGUGGAUGCCUCUCUUCAGCUGUAAAACUGAAAUAAGUGAAUGUGUACAUUAUGAUACUCCAUUUCUUUCUUUUUGUUUAAAGAAUGUACUUAUAUUAAUUUGUACGAAAGUCUUACUGGCUGAGACAGUUGGUUGUUUUUUGUCAUCCCCCCUUCCUUUGGUGGUUUUGGUGGCUAGCAUAUUGGUGUAGAUAACACUAAUAAAAUCUAGAACUGUCAGCUAUA